AUCAGGUCAACACAAAAAGGCUUUCCGAAGGAUUCUGCCACCCAAGACCUCAUGUGGCUGACAUUGAACUGUCACUGAAAUGCUCUCCAUCAUAAAUGAGAACUGAAUACGGUUAUUUGAUGCCUGGUCCAGCUAGUUAUUCUCCUGUAAGGACAAACAGAGCCCAUAUAUCACAGCAAGGCCUGCGUGCCGACAUGCCUUUGGUGGGUAAGAAUAGCCUCACAAUGGAGCUCACAUCUCUCGUCUUCUGUUGUCUGGGAACAGUUGUUGUCAGGGCAGAGGUGAGAUGGGAAGUCUGGUUGGUGGAUAUGCAUGAGCGGAGUUGUCAUUGUGGAUUUCAACCGACAAGAUAUUUUUCUUGUGUGGAAUCAAUUGGGCUGUGAGUUGACCGGUGGGAAAUCCUACGUUUGGAGGCCUAAAUCUGCUGGCAUGGCUAAACAGACGGCAUCUGAGAUUAUCUUCAUAACUUUGAAUCACAACAUCACCCUCACAGGGAAAGCAUGGCUCGUCCUGGUGGUGUUCAUUCGAAUCCUGGUCUUGCUGUUUGCUGGUUACCCCCUCUACCAGGAUGAGCAGGAACGAUUUGUGUGUAACACCAUUCAGCCCGGUUGUGCCAACGUGUGCUACGACAUGUUUGCCCCUCUUUCCCUCGUCCGAUUCUGGCUGGUGCAGCUCACCACCCUUUGCCUUCCUUAUGUGGUGUUUGUCAUCUAUGUGAUCCACAAAGUGAUUUCUGGUCUACCUGCUGACAGUGAGACUUCUGAGUCCAUAAAAGCAGACUCCAUCUAUAAGAUCCAUCCAGAACCGUUCAGGAAAGCAUCUCUUUGUAAGACCGUCAUGAAGGCGAAGGGGCGGGUGCAGUACUUCACAGGAGCCUACAUCUUGCAUCUGUUGCUUCAGAUACUUGUAGAAGCUGGAUUUGGAGCUGCACAUUAUUACUUGUUUGGCUUCCACAUCCCCAAACGCUUCAUGUGUCAGCAGUCACCUUGCACAACAAUGGUGGACUGCUACAUCUCUAGGCCCACUGAGAAAACCAUCAUGCUGAACUUUAUGUUGGGGGCAGCUGCUUUGUCCUUGCUGCUAAACGUGUGCGACUUAAUCUGUGCCAUCAAGCGCUCCAUGAGACAAAAAAGCAAAGGAAAGAUGCUAGUAGAGAAGAUGUACACCGAGGAGCAGUACUACUUGUCCGGGAAUGGGAAUCAAGACACCAGCAUCCAGCCGACUCAAGAUGUGAUUGGACCGGGAGGGUUCCGCAAAAGAGGGACCAGGAACUCAAGUGGCGAUGAAGCUGCUUCUGUUCUUUUGGACGAUGACCCUCCGCAACCUUCACCCCUUGCUGGAAUGCCAACAAUUGCUGGAAUGCCUGGUUCCAACAACAAUGACGACAGCAGCAGCUACCAACCCACCCAAGAAGAGGGGAUGGUAAGAGAGGGCAGUGAGGUGGCACUGUACCCCACUGAGCCUUCGGGGACUCCUAGAUCCGUCCGAGUUAGCAAACGCAGUCGUCUCAAACCUCCACCACCUCCACGAAGGGACAAACUAGCUGCUCAAGGUGCAGUUGAUGUCUCGGGGGCGACAGCAGUGUGUACCAGAAGAGUAGGGCAAUAUACUAUGGUAGAAAUGACCACUGGUGAAGACGUACCAACUUGCAAUGGAGACGCACAAGAAAAGAGGUCUGAAUGGGUUUGAUUGUCUCUUGAAUCGCCGCGAGUUGAUUUGGACUUGACUGAAACAGAGUGACUUGACUGGAAUAGAUUGCUUGGAGAACAAGGUGAAAUGAGAGGUAUUAUUAGAUGCCACCGUCAUGGAUACAUGCCAACCCUUGGAUCAGCUAUGCCCAUCAGCAUCCACCUGCCUCUCAUGUUUGUGUUUGCGCAUUCUGUCGUUCUUUCACAAGCCAGACGGGCCUUGACCUGCCUUGCCCCUGCGACAAUCAAGGGACUGCGAAGGCCUUUCUAAAAACAGGCCUGUUGCAACCACCCAGGGUCUCUGAGGUUAAGCUAAGACUGACAUACUUUCUGCUUCAACAGGGGCGGCCACCAAACAAGAACAACCCUGAGGGUACAAAGGUGCUUUAAAGCCCCUCCAAAAUCCUCCAGCCUGAAAAAACUCAGGAACUGUCGACUGUCAGUCAACUGGACCCCAUCAUAAAGCAAUUACUGCCCAGGCUGCUUUUGUAUUUAUGGAGGUGGCUUGUAACACUAUCUCGAGGACCUGAUGGGGUUUGGUUUGGAGCUUUAGAACAAACACUUAAAAUAGAGUUUCAUAAUCUGGUGUAAGACGAGAGCAAGACGAUGUGUGCCUUCCAGACUCUCAGAAGCAAGCCGCGACAUGUAAACGAUUAGACAUGAUAGCUUUGGACAGUCACCUAGACUGCAGCCCUCCUGUCCUCACAAUGUCAGUCAUGUGUCUUAUUAGACACAACAGGGACUUCUGGGAUUGACGAUUUAUGGAAUUUCCUUUUGCAUCACUGAUGAGAUUUUGUAGUUAUAGUUUUUGUCUUUUCUUUUGCUGAUAGAUGCAAGGGGACUUUUGUCUGAUGUCAAAUAGUUUGCAAGUUAGAGACUCUUUGGCAUUGUCUUUAUUUUAUUACCUGACCAAAUUACACCCCACCCCCUUAAAAGGGCAGAGAAAUAUUAUUAAUAUUACACAUAUUAUUCAACUUUAAACUGGUGACUAUUAAAUAAAGGAAAGACUGCAUGAACUCCUGUAUCUCAAAAUGCAAUGCAUUCAAUUUCACCUAAAUUUAAUUAAAUUAAAAUGUUGAUGAUAGCUGGAUUUCAAAUGGAAAAGAACCAUUUCCAAAAUGAUAACUGGAUCCCAGUCAUGUGAGUACAAGUGACCACAAAGUAACAUAUUACUUGGGGUCUCUAGUAAUGUGCUGAUGAGUCAACUCCGGUGUUUUUGUUAAGAAAAAUGAGUACUGUUGGUAUGCCACCAGAAACAGGGUUGGGAAAACGUACCAUCCUUUUAAAAACUGACAAAUCAUGCCCUCCAGUGGACAGACAUGCACCAAACUCAAGUCUGAAGAUGGACAUUUCUUCGCUACUGCAAAUGUUUGUACAUCAGUGUGCAAUAAAUGCAGUUACUUUUG